UGACCGCUGCGGGCGAAAAAAGGUUGCAUGGACAACACGCUUUCUUUUCCCUCAUCGCCGCUUUUAUUCUCUCGGGACCUUUUUUCCUACUCUUUCAGCACCAAGCUCACACACUCUGCCUAGCACGCACGCACGCACACAAGCAACUCUUAUAUCUGUAUUUCCUGCCGCAGGAGAGAAACUAAGCACCGCUUGCACUCUCCGCCUAUUUUAUUUCCCCCUCUCUAACCUUUCAACGUUUGUAAAGGCUUUUGAAAGGACUAUGAGCGGCGAGCCGCGGAACACCACCAUCGACCCGACGCUUCUGCAAAGCCUGGCCCAGCAGCACAUCGCGACAUCCCCCCACCUCUCGAGCUUCUCGCAGCUCCAGAUAACAACGGAGAACACAGACAUGGACACGUCAUCGCGUGGCACAGCGCCCAUCAACAUCAACCGUGGGCAGCAGCAGCAGCAGAUUGCCGGGUCGGCAGCCUCAUUUGGCACAGACUACGAGCGCAGCGGACUGGCCGGUAGCUUCCACCAGAUGCAGCAGCAGCACUUCCACCACCAGCAGCAGCACGGGCAGUUCCGGCCGCACCUGGGCUCGCCCGGCACCGAGGACUUUGACAACAUCUCGCCCACGGGCAGCUAUCCGGGCCACAGCCUGGCGGCGAUGGCUGGCAACACAAUCCCGACCGGCAUCUCCAGCAACCUGUUCCCACACGCGGGCGGGCCCGGAGGCAGCCGGCUGAUGCGGGUGCAGAACAUCAGCACCAGUCCGCCCACAAGCCCGGGGUUCCAGAGCAUGUCGCUUCCGAACCACCCCGAGUGGUUCGACGGCACGCUGAUGCAGCAGCAGAGCAUUGGGUCGACGCUGGACCCGUCAUCGUUCCAGGCCCAGCAGCUGGCCGCGCACAAUGCCGCUGGCUUCUCGCCGCAGGACCCGUCGCUGAUGUCGCUGCUGGAUGAAGGCGAGGCCGACACGCCGCAGAAAGCGUAAGUAUUCUUGUGUGAAAUCCCCCAUCAUUGAGGCGGCAGAGGAAAAUGCCAGCCAUCCAUUUUCUCCCUCUCCCUUUGUGUGCUGGGAGAAAAAAACAGGCGCUUGGCUCCCUUUAUCGC